CUGUUGCGCGCGUGCGUUCGGCCAUAGAGUUGUUCAUUGUCUGCCCCUCAACUGCAAGAGAGUUUACAGUAGACCAGCAUACCGUCUAUUUCUAAUUUAUUAUCCGUUUAGUACUACCGUUUUUAACCCCAGGUCUCGGUUUCGAAGAGCGGGAACAAAAAGGACACAUUCAACAGGUUGAAAUCCGUCCUUCAAUUAGCUGUCCCGUUCCCUUGUACUUCAUUCUCCAUACGGAUUUACAGGAGGAGCGAACAUGCCUUUGGGAAUCAGGAAAAAGAAAAACAAGUCGAAGGAAAGCUCGAACUUAGUGGAAAACGAGGAGGUCAGCGGACACGCAGGUGUCGGGAAGCCCGCGGUGAACGGUGGCGGUCUGCCUGCUCCACCUGCCAGCAUGAGACCGAAACUGGUGUUUCACACGCAGCUCGCGCACGGGAGUCCCACGGGCAGGAUCGAGGGCUUCACGAACGUCAAAGAGCUUUACGGCAAAAUAGCAGAAGCGUUUAAUUUACAUCCGGAUGAGAUCCUGUUUUGCACACUCAACACCCACAAAAUUGAUAUGGAGAAGCUGCUGGGAGGGCAGAUAGGACUGGAGGACUUCAUCUUCGCUCACAUAAAAGGGCUCAAAAAAGAGGUGGAGGUGUACAAAUCCGAGGAGGCACUUGGGCUCACAAUCACAGACAAUGGAGCUGGAUACGCCUUUAUAAAGCGUAUCAAGGAUGGCAGCGUGGUGGAUGGGGUAAAGGUGAUCUGUGUGGGAGAUCAUGUCGAAUGCAUUAAUGGAAAGAACAUUGUUGGAAUGCGGCAUUUUGAGGUGGCGCGAAUGCUAAAGGAGCUGCCCAAGGAUCAGUCCUUCACCAUCAAGCUCGUGGAGCCCAAGAAAGCCUUCGAGAUGCUUGAACCAAGGUCAAGAGGAGGAGGAGGCGGAGGCAAAUCAGGAGACGGCAAGAUAGGCACAGGCAGAGAAACCCUCAGAUUGCGCUCCAAGGGUCCUGCAACAGUCGAGGAGAUGCCUUCAGAGUUUGAAGAAAAGGCAGUGAAGAAAGUGGAUGACCUUCUUGAGAGUUACAUGGGCAUUCGAGACACUGAAUUAGCCGCCACAAUGGUCGAGGUGGGCAGAGAUAAGAAGAACCCUGAUGAGUUUGCCAUGGCUCUGGAUCAGGCUCUUGGUGACUUUGCCUUCCCAGAUGAGUUUGUGUUCGACGUCUGGGGAGCCAUCGGUGACGCUAAACAGGGACGGUUUUAAUACACCACCACACAUUAAAAAACUGAGCUGAAAUCAAGAGCAUCCUGUUCAGUCAUGCAGUUUAUAGCUAGCAUGCCGAACAUUUUAAUUAACGUGAUUUGACUAAAAUAUUUUUACAAAUAAAUCAAAAGUAAUAGUAAAUCUCACCACUGUACUUUCCUUCAAAUAAUAGAUUCUAAAGCAGAAUUUAUUUCUGUGGUUUAGCAUUUGUAGGUGAAGCGGGAGUUUAUGAUAUAAAAAAAAAAGGCCAGAGAAAGGGUGAUGUUUGAAACACUUUUGCAUAGAGAGAAUUUUUGUAUAGAAUUAUGGAUAUACAUCAGUUGUCUUUUAGAGCUAUUUUAGACUUUAAUUUAUUUAAUAAAGUGAUGAAACUUUGAGAAAUUGCAGUUUCAGUAGAUGAUUGUCAUACUGCGGUCAACUCAAAAUAUAAAAAAGAGUGCCAACCAGUUAAUAAAAAAAAAAGAAUUACAAAUGAAUUGGUCACAUUGUUGAUUUUAUUGUCAUUAGUUUGUUGUAAAAAAAAAUAAUGAAAAUAAUAAUCCAUAAGGGAUCACUUUGUAUGAUAGAUGUUUGUUUUUGUGUGCCUUCACAUUUGUGUCGUCAAUGUAAUUUUGUAUGAACAAUUUCUGUGUUCAAAUCACAGGUUUGGUCUUUGCCUGUUUUUAUCCAUUUAUUAAAGGUGAAAAUGGAAGAAUUAAA